AUGUUUAGAUGUAAACUUUUUGCUAAAAGCUUUUGUCCAACAAUUAUACUUCUUGAUGCAAGGAUAAUUCCAAGAGAUCAAGGCUUUGUUACUCACUGCCACAGUAUCAUUAACAACAGAGGCGCUCACUUUUCAGCCACUUCUAGAAAAGCCUAUUUUCUAAGACCAAGAAAACCUCUGCAGAAUAGUUUAUGCGCCAAGCCUGGUUAUUCAGCUUACCUUCUCGCUGGAUUAUCUCAAAGAUACUCUUCUGAAGCACAGCCGGAAGAACAUCGCCACGCUCAAAUACAGCAGCGCACCGAAGUCGAGGUGCAACACCAGCACGAAGAAACGAUUCAUUCUCAGUUUGAAUUAUUCGAUAAAGAAAAGGAGUUUGCGUUAAUUGUAAAAGAAAAAAAAUUUGAGGAGGCCAGUGAAUUUUUGAAACAGGAGGAUUGCUAUACUAACGUCGAGGAUGCAAUUAAAUUCAAAAGAAAUUUACACUUGGAAGGCGAAGAUUUCGAGGUGGCAGAUCAAAUGAUAAGGGAGCAUAUAAUUCAAUCUCUGGAAUCGAGAAGCGCGAGCCCAAAUCAAAUCCUCAAUGCCAUCUCAUCUUACAAUCAAGAAUCCUUCCAUUAUUACCUGGAAACCUCCAACACACCAAGUAUCCUAAAAAUUUAUGAAGAUGGCUCCACUAUAUCACCCCUAAACGCAUUAUAUGUUAUGACAGCAUACGUCAUAAAAGGUGAACUUGAAACUUCAAAGGAGGUAAUGAAUCGCUUCGAUGCUGAGGGUGUUCCGUUUGAGGAAUUUCUUAAUAGCGUGAGAACCUACUUAUCUCCGACCGAGGAGAAUCGAUUAAGACAGGUCAUGAAGCACCGAAGAUCGUACGUGGAGUCUUUAUUCAAGAGCAAUAGGUUCGACGAUGCACAGAGACUGUACGAUGAGAUCAUUGCGGGAGAAGUAAAACCUGACGAGUUCAUCCAUUACACCUUCCUAUCCAAAUUCCUUUAUAAUAACUGUUACCAAAAUGCAACGCAGGUUUGGAGAGGCAUGGAUGAAAGUGGAUUCAAGCCAACGCUAGAAUUCUACAAUCGAUUGAUUCACGGAUUUGGAAAGAAAAGUAAGCACUACGACGCGGAGGUCAUAUGGAAUAAAAUGUUAAAGAGUGAUAUCAAGCCUGACGUGAAGACCUACGGCACGAUGAUUGAUAUAUACUUUCGAUCGAAUGAAAGUCGAAAGGCGAUUAAAUUAUUUCAACAGAUGACAAACGAAAAAAUUUCUCCUAAUAUUGAAAUAUUCAACACCAUGAUCAAUGGAUUUUUAAUGCGUAGUAAAACGGACGAGGCGAUGAAGAUGUACAGGAUGAUGCCAGAAAAGGGUAUCAAACCUGAUAUAGUGACAUAUAACGCGCUCAUUCAAAGACUGAUGAGAUCACAUGAAUCCUUGGCUUUCGAGAUUUUACAAGAAAUGAAUAGAUCCAACGUGAAACCUGAUGUUCGCACUCUCUCAAUACUUUUGGAGAAAUUUUUCGAGAUGAGAGACAUCGAAAGCGUCCAAAAAACUCUAAAUAGUUUUCGCAAUGAUGGGAUUGAGCCCAAUCUAACAACGUAUGGUGUAAUAAUCGACGGUUUAAUAAAGAUGGGUAAUUUCGCCAAGGCCCUGGAGACUUACAAAAUGAUAUCGAAAGGAAGGCCAUCCGUAAUUCAGAUUGAAAGCAGCAUGCUGAAACUUUAUUUCAAACAGAAAAACUUUGACGCGGCCAUGCAGGCUCAUAAAAAUAUCAUAUCUUUCCGUCGUAGACCCACCGAAGGUUACUUUAACAUUUUAAUAGGCGGCUUCAUAAAAGCUGGAUAUCAUGAGAUAGCAAAAGAAUUCUAUGAUCAAAUGUCAACCUUGGGAGUCUAUCCCAAUUCUAAUACUUACAAGACCCUGAUUUAUGGCUAUAUGAAUAUGAAUAUGAAAGAUUCAUCCGGUGUGUCUGAGGUAAUCAAUGAUAUAAAGGAUAAAAAUUUCCUAGUUUUAGAUCCAGAGCUGAAAGAAUUGAUCGAAAUGGCGGAAAAGUCCUUGAGGAAAAAAAAAUUAUCAACUAUUAUUAGAUAG